CCCAAAAGCCCACAAUGACAAUUUUCAAAUCCCACCAGCCCCCGAUCGACAUUCCCUCCUCCCUCACAGCCUGGGACUGGCUUUUCGACUCCCCCUACUCCCCCCUCAGCCCUUCCUCAUCAGCUUCCUCAGGCCCAUUAGGCGGCUACACUAAUGCAGCCACGGGCGCGCGCGUCGACUACGCCCAAGUCCGCACCCUGAGCACACACCUCGCCACGGCCCUCGUCAAGCACCACGGCCUGCAACCAGGGGAGACCAUCUCGCUCUUCUCGCAGAACAUCAUCUGGUACCCAAUCGCCAUGUUCGGGGGCUUGCGCGCUGGGGCGGUCAUCAGCGGCGCGAGCCCGGCGUACGGGGUCGAGGAGAUGGCAUAUGCGCUUACCUGCGCCAAGGCUCGGUUUCUAAUGACCAUGAAGGACAGUUUGCACGUGGCGGUUGAGGCAGCAGAGAGGGUGGGGUUGGGGAAGGAUAGAGUGUUUUUGCUGGAGGGGAAAUCACAGGGGUUCAAGACCGUGCAGGAUCUCGUGGAGGAGGGAAAGAUGGAGGUGGUGGAGAGUUGGAAAAUUCCCCCGGGAAAGCGGAAUGGCGAUGUUUGUGGAUAUCUAAGUUUUAGUAGUGGGACUACUGGGUUGCCCAAGGCUCAAAUUACCCCCGUCACGCACCACAAGAUCAUGGCCGUCCUACCUCUCUUCCAUAUCACUGGCCUCGUGCACCAAUUGCACCUCCCGGUCCUCCUCAACGCUGAAGUUAUCAUGCUCCCGCAGUUCACCAUGCCUGAAAUGCUGAAAAUAAUCGUCGACUACCAGCUCACCGAGCUCCUCCUCGUCCCACCUAUCAUCAUUCGCCUAGUACGGGACAAGGAAGUCAACGACUAUGAUUUAAGCCACGUGACCAGGUUUUCGUCUGGCGCAGCGCCCCUGAGUGAGGAGAUCAUCCAGCUGCUGAAGAAAAAGUUCCCCGGGACGGGUUUCAAGCAGGGCUAUGGGAUGACGGAGUCCUGCUCGUGUAUAACAGCGCAUCCGCCGGAGAAGUAUGACUACAAAUACGCGCACACGGGCGGUGCGGUAGUCGCUAACACAGAAGUAAAAAUUAUCAAAGAAGACGGAACCGAAGCAGGUGUUGGAGAGGCUGGAGAAAUUCCUGCACGCGGCCCGCAGGUUGUUAUGGGGUAUCUAGGAAACGAGAAGGCGACGCAGGAGACCUUUGUGGAUGGGUGGUUGCGAACUGGUGACCAGGGAGCCAUGAAUGAGGAGGGCAUGAUUCAUAUCCUGGACCGAAUCAAGGAGAUGAUCAAGGUCAAGGGGAUUGGGGUUGCGCCGGCGGAGCUGGAAGAUUUGCUGUUAGGGCAUCCCCAGGUUGAAGAUGUGGCGGUGAUGGGAAUCAAGGAUGACUACUCGGGCGAGCUGCCUAAGGCGUUUGUGGUGCUAAAGGACGGAGUGAAUGCGAGUGAAGAGGUCGGAAGGGCUUUGAUGAAGUGGGUGAGAGAAAGGAAGACGAGGUAUAAGUGGAUUAAGGAGGUUGAGUUUGUGAAUGAGAUACCCAAAUCGGCGAGUGGUAAGAUAUUGAGGCGGAUGCUAAGGGAUCGAAAGGCGGUAGAAAAUGGGGUCAAGGUGAGGGAUGCGGUGGGAGAGAAGGCGAUGUUGUAG